UUUCCCUUCCCUCUCGACUUCCAGACGGUCCUAUCUAUCGACUGAUCAGGAAAUUAGGGAAAUAAGCAAGAGCAUUCGUCUCUGUAGCGAGAACGUAGGACAUGUUUUCUCGUUUUCCCGUCAAGCGUGUCCUUUGCAGGACAUCUGUAACCAGGAAGUAAAAGUGUCUCACGUAUAACACACACAUCAGUUGCGUGUACUCCUGUAUACGUGCUUUAAAAAUCAGGACUGUAACUCUGUAAAUGUGAAACCUUACCGUGACAUGAUUUGUGUCGGAACCAGGGCUCGGUGUGCAUGUUCGUAUUGAAGCAUUAUGUGAAUGUCCUGCUGCUGAUAUGACAUGUGCUUACUUCAGCUCAGGAUGAGUAAAGAAAUGGAGGAGCUUUCUCCCCUGGACGACUCGGGGCAUGGUGAUGGGUCUGAGGAAGAAACAGAGGAAGAUGAUGAGCCCAAAAUUUGUCAAGUAUGCGGUGACAAAUCCACAGGUUACCACUUUAACGCCAUGACCUGUGAGGGCUGCAAAGGCUUCUUUAGGCGUGCCAUGAAGCGACCCGCACAGCUCUGCUGCCCAUUUCAGAAUGCCUGCGUGAUCACCAAGAACAACAGGAGACAGUGCCAAUCCUGCCGUCUACAGAAAUGCCUCUCAAUCGGCAUGAAGAGAGAGCUGAUCAUGUCGGAUGAGGCCGUGGAGAAGCGCAGGAUGCAGAUCAGGAGGAAGAGGAUGCAGGAAGAGCCCGUAAUGCUCUCCCCUCAACAGGAAGCUGUCAUACAGGAGCUGGUCGCCGCACAUCGAAAGACCUUCGACAUGACUUGCACCCAAUUCAUUCAGUUUCGGCCUUUAGAUCGGGAUCAAAAAUCCAUGUCUGAAAACAGUCGAGAACCAAAAAGCAACAGAUCUUGCACAAUCAUGUAUAAACCACCACCUGAAGAGGCAAUUCAGCGAACCUUCAGCUUUUCCUCCCUCUCAUCCCCUUCCUCCAGCCCUCAGAGUCUUGAAAGUAAAGAGAGGAAGUGGCUUAAAAGUGCCAUUUUCACCUCUCUGCCACAUUUUGCAGACCUCACAACAUACAUGAUUAAGAACAUAAUCAACUUUGGCAAGACACUUCCAAUGUUCAGGGCUCUGAUCAUCGAGGACCAGAUCUCGCUGCUGAAAGGCGCCACCUUUGAGAUCAUUCUGAUUCACUUCAACAUGUUCUUUAAUGAGGUGACAGGUAUUUGGGAGUGCGGCCCACUGCAGUACUGCCUGGAUGACGCCAUGCGAGCUGGUUUUCAGCGCCAUCUGCUGGACCCUAUGAUGAAUUUCCAUUACACACUGCGCAAGCUGCACUUGCAUGAAGAGGAGUAUGUGCUGAUGCAGGCCAUCUCGCUCUUCUCACCAGAUCGCCCUGGUGUGACUCAUCACAGUGAGAUCGACCGUAACCAGGAAACACUAGCUGUCACCCUGAAGACGUACAUCGAGGCCAAGAGGGCUGAGCCAGAUAAACAUCUGCUGUACCCAAAGAUCAUGGCGUGCCUGACUGAGAUGAGGAGUAUGAAUGAAGAGUACACAAAACAGGUGCUGAAAAUCCAGGACAUUCAGCCUGAUGUGUCUCCACUUUUGUUGGAAAUAAUAAGCAAAGACGGCUAGGUUUGUACAGAGCAAAUGAGACUGUACCAGCAGGCCUUGAACACCCUAUCGUUGACCUUCAUCCGAGGCCACUAAAGAUUGAAAAACAGUCAAAACUAGAAAGGACAAGGACGGUGCCUACAGAUAAUGAACUACUGAACAGCAGCACACAGCAAUUGUGAAAUUGUACUUUUAUAAUUGGUGAAUUGUUACUAAAUGUAAUGUAAUUGUGUUUGAGUUUAACUGACAGGCAAUCUUCUAUGGUUCAUAAGCAGAUGUAGGAUGCCACAAAUUAUCUAUAUUUACUCCAGGAAUGAAGCUUGAAAUGUGGGGUUAGAUUAGAUGCCAUUUACACGACACCGUUUUCAACUAAAAAUGGAAAAGUUUUUAUGCGUUUUUGGUCGUUCAUUUACAUGACGACAAUAUCAUUUUGGGGGCUUGAAAACAAACUUUUGAAAAAGUGCAAGUUUUAA